AUGCGGGCCGGCCGCGGCCCCGGCCCCCGCCGGGACAGCCGCCAUUCCACCGGAAGGCGCGUUCGCGCUUCCUCUCCCCGCCGGCCCCAUCACCUCACCGCCCCGGGGGGCAGCGCCGGCGCCGGCCGCCCGGCCCUCGGCCGCCGGUUCCCGCUGACGGCGCUGCCUUGUGCCCCACAGCCGCAGAACGAGUACAUCGAGCUGCACCGCAAGCGCUAUGGGUACCGCCUGGACUACCACGAGAGGAGGAGGAAGAAGGAGGGCCGCGAGGCUCACGAGCGGUCGCGGAAGGCGAAGAAGAUGAUCGGGCUGAAGGCCAAGCUCUACCACAAGCAGCGGCACGCCGAGAAGAUACAGAUGAAGAAGACCAUUAAGAUGCAUGAAAAGAGAAAUACGAAGAAAAAGAAUGAUGAAAAAACACCUAAAGGAGCUGUACCAGCAUACCUGCUCGACAGAGAAGGCCAGUCCCGGGCUAAGGUUCUCUCUAACAUGAUCAAGCAGAAAAGAAAAGAAAAAGCUGGGAAAUGGGAGGUUCCUGUGCCAAAGGUCCGUGCACAAGGAGAAACAGAAGUUUUAAAAGUAAUUCGUACAGGAAAGAGAAAGAAGAAGGCCUGGAAAAGAAUGGUUACCAAAGUUUGUUUUGUUGGAGAUGGCUUUACUAGGAAGCCUCCUAAAUACGAACGCUUCAUUCGACCAAUGGGCUUACGUUUCAAGAAGGCACAUGUGACACAUCCUGAACUUAAAGCUACUUUUUGCCUACCUAUCCUUGGUGUAAAAAAGAAUCCUUCUUCUCCUUUGUAUACAACGCUGGGUGUAAUUACCAAGGGUACCGUCAUUGAGGUGAACGUGAGUGAGCUUGGCCUCGUGACACAAGGGGGAAAAGUUAUCUGGGGGAAAUAUGCACAAGUAACAAACAAUCCAGAAAAUGAUGGCUGUAUUAACGCAGUUCUACUUGUUUAAGUUGUGUUUGAUACUAAGCAUUGGACGUGGGCUCCUGCAAAACCAGUGGCAUUUCAACAAGUUUGCAAGAUCUCUGGAACCUUCAACCAUUCAAGAACAUUGAUCCUACAAGCUGGUGAGGAACUUAACCGUGCCAGAAAUGACUGCUUGGGAUUCUAUAUUUAUUAUGUUUGCUCAGCUGAACACUGUCCAAAUAAAGUGAUUCAAUUUUAAUGUU